AUGGCGGGACUGGGGCGAAUCCUGUCGCGGCCUACCGCCAAACCAUAUCGCACCCGUGAUUUGAAACGCGAGGAUAGACCGUACCUUGAUGAAGAUGGCAAUGUCGGCUUUGCACCGCAUGAUAUCGAGAACCCCCACAACUGGUCAACAGCACGCCGUUGGUAUGUAACCUGUGCAGCUGUCCUCCUCGUCGUGAAUGCGACAUUUGCGUCCUCCUCGCCCUCGGGAUGUUUCCCUGGAAUCGCGGAAGAAUUCGGUAUCUCAGUGGAAGCUGCCGGGCUCACUAUUACUCUGUUCCUCCUGGGAUAUUGUGCUGGACCACUAGUAUUUGCACCUUUAUCUGAGUUCUACGGGCGCCGCUGGAUCUUCUAUUCAACGUUUCUCUUAUAUAUCGCCUUCAACUUCCUGUGUGCUUUCGCCCCGAACUUUGGGAGUUUGCUCGUUGGCCGGUUCCUUACGGGAACUUUCGUCAGCGCACCCCUCAGCAACUCACCAGGUGUUCUUGCUGACCUGUGGGGGCCCGUGGAGCGUGGAAAUGCCAUGGCCGUGUUCUCUUGUAUGGUCUGGGUGGGACCUGCACUUGGCCCUGUUGUUGCUGGUUUUCUACAAUUGACCAAAGAUUGGCGAUGGAGCUUCUAUGUUUUGUUGUGGAUGGGAGCAGGGACCGCUGUAAUCAUGUUCACGAUCCCGGAAACCUUCGGGCCAGCAAUCCUCAUGAACAAGGCACGACGCAUCAGAAAGUUCAAGGUCCCCGGCUACGAGGAGGUCAAGGCACCGGUAGAAGCUUCUGACCGUUCACUCAUGACAAUCUACAGGACCGCUCUCACGCGACCCUGGAUUAUUAUGUUUGACACCAUCUCCUUCCUGGUCGCUAUUUAUAUGUCGAUUGUAUACACCCUGUUGUACAUGCUGUUCUCCAUUUACCCCAUAGUCUUCCAGCAAAGGCGUGGAUGGAACGCCGGGGUUGGAGAGCUGCCCCUGAUUGGCACAGUUAUCGGAUCAUUCAUCGGAGCAGGUAUAGUGCUUGUCGACUCCAAGCAAAAGGCGAAGAAGCUACAAAGAGGCCAGCAACUCAGAGCAGAGGACCGCCUUCCACUGGCCAUGAUUGGCGGUGUUGGUUUCGCAGUGACCAUGUUCUGGUUUGCCUGGACUGCGGAGUUCAAUUCCAUCCACUGGAUCGUACCAACUAUUGCCGGAGUGUUCCUGGCUGCAUCACUCAUGCUCAUAUUUGUUGGAUACCUGAAUUAUCUGGUUGAUGCGUAUCUGAUGUAUGCAGCCUCUGCCAUUGCCGCCAAUACCAUCGCCAGGUCGGCCUGUGGUGCCGCUGCGCCUCUGUUUACAACGUACAUGUUCGAUGCCCUCGGGGUUGGAGGCGGGGGCUCAUUGAUUGGAGGCGUUGCAACGGUUCUCGCCGUAAUCCCCUUUGUGUUCUACAAGUAUGGAGAAGGCAUCCGGAUGCGUUCAAAAUUUGCGCCGACGACGAGGCCAAGACCGGGCGACAUCGAGCAGCAGCAGCAGCGUUCCCAUCAUGUGCCAUCAAUUAGGAACAGUUCAGAGCUUUCUCCAAACGUGAUAGGCGAGUAA